AUGGCCAAGCCACCUCCAACAGAUCUUCCUAUCCGAGCAUUCUCCACUGGCUCGGAGCUGGAGAGCUUCCUUGAGCGUGAACACUUGACUGCGGCUGGAUUUUACCUCAAACUCGCUAAGAAGGCAUCGGGGAUAGCGUCUGUCUCAGCAGUCGAGGCCGUAGAGAUCGCCCUGUGCUUUGGUUGGAUCGAUGGGCGGGCCAACGGAUUUGACAAGGACUGGUGGCUAGUGCGCUACACCCCUCGACGAGCUAAAAGCAUCUGGUCUCAGAAGAAUGUGAAUACCGUGGCCAGGCUUUUAGAUGCAGGGAGAAUGAGGCCCGCCGGUCUCGAAGUUGUAGAGAGGGCGAAAGCAGAUGGUCGCUGGGAACGCGCAUACGAGGGUCCCGCGACGAUGACGGUACCCGACGAUCUCGCGAACGCUUUGGCAGCAGCUCCUGUCGCGGCAGAGUUCUUCAAAACCCUCAAUAAGGGAGACUGCUACUCCAUGCUCAUGCGACUUCAGACAGCCAGUCCGGCCUCUAGAGAAACGCGGAUUCAGUCUUUGGUGCAGACCCUGGCGGACAAGAAAUGGCCAGCCCGAGCAAAAUCGACCCCGAAAAAGCGAAAUUUGGAACCGACCAGUACUUCGGCCUUGCAGACUAAUACGAUGGGGAAAACCAGAAAGCGACGCAAGGGCAGUGGUUAG